AAGACCCAGGCGCCUCCGAUGCACUUCCGGGCGCCGUUCAAGGUGAGCUAGGGUCCCCGGGACCCCCUCAUCAACUCCCUCUCCGCGAAGGAAGGGGACGUUCCCGCCAGCUCGCAGCCUGGGUGCCCAGGACUGGGGUUAGGGUGCCCAGGCGGGGGCCGAGUAACCACCAGAGGAGGCAGAGCCGUUGGGACGACUGGAUUCCCGGCGAGGCCCCGCCGGCUGCAGACCCCACCGGCUCUCACCCGCUGCACCGAGGAGGUCGCGCCCCGGUCUGGCGAUCCUGGGUUUCCGGAAGCGGAGUGUGACUACCCCCCUUUCGUCCCUUCGGUCCCGCCAGGCGGCGCCGUCAGCCUGUCCCGCAGGGUUCCCCUGAGGCUGCGAGCCCUGGCCACCCCAGGGGUGUGGAGGUUGGCCAGGUGAGGUGGAGAGCCGGGCUGUCAGAGAGCAGGCUACCACUUGGACCGUUCCAGGUUGAUGCCCACAGUCUACAGCUCUCGCCUUCAGAAACACUGGUAUCACUGGUGGAGAGGAACAGUGCACUGGGUUGGCUGUGGAACUGCUUGAUCUUCAGGAAGGCUUCCGAGAGGAAGUGAUUCUAGCUGGGCUUUGUAUGGAGGCACCAGAAUACCCCGUGGUUCUUUGCCCCAGAGUGAUGCAUUCUCUGCCCUGCCGCCACCACUAGGAUGCAGAAGAUCUCAGUGCUGCUCUUCCUGGUCUGGGUCUGCUUCCUCUUCUACGCUGGCAUUGCCCUCUUCACCAGUGGUUUCCUGCUCACCCGUUUGGAGCUCACCAACCAGAGUAGCUGUCAAGAGCCCCCAGGCCCUGGGCCUCUGCCAUGGAGGAGCCAAGGGGAGCCGGGGGCCUGCUGGAUGGCCUCCCGGUUCUCCCGGGUUGUGUUGGUGCUGAUAGAUGCUCUGAGAUUUGACUUCGCCCAGCCACAGCGCUCACACGUUCCCGGGGAGCCUUCUGUCUCCCUGCCCUUCCUGGGAAAAUUGGGCUUCUUGCAGAGGAUCCUGGAGAUUCAGCCUCACCAUGCCAGGCUCUACCAAUCGAAGGCUGAUCCUCCCACUACCACCAUGCAGCGCCUUAAGGCCAUCACCACCGGCUCACUGCCUACCUUUAUUGAUGCUGGCAGUAACUUUGCCAGCUACGCCAUAGUGGAAGACAAUCUCAUUAAGCAGCUCACCAGUGCAGGAAGGCGUGUGGUCUUCAUGGGAGAUGAUACCUGGAAAGAUCUUUUUCCUGGAGCUUUCUCCCAAGCUUUCUUCUUCUCCUCCUUCAAUGUCAGAGACCUACACACAGUGGACAAUGGCAUCAUGGAACAUCUCUACCCAACAUUGGACAGUGGUGAAUGGGAUGUGCUGAUUGCUCACUUCCUGGGUGUGGAUCACUGUGGUCACAAGCAUGGACCUCACCACCCUGAAAUGGCCAACAAACUUAGUCAAAUGGACCAGGUGAUCCAGGGAAUUGUCGAACGUCUGGAGAAUGACACACUGCUGGUGGUGAUUGGGGACCAUGGGAUGACCAAGAGUGGGGACCACGGAGGGGACAGUGAGCUGGAGAUCUCGGCCGCACUCUUCCUGUACAGUCCCACAGCUCUCUUCCUGCGACCCCCACCAGAGGAGCCAGAGGUAAUUCCUCAAAUCAGCCUUGUGCCUACGCUGGCCCUGCUGCUGGGUCUGCCCAUCCCGUUUGGGAACAUCGGGGAGGUGAUGGCUGAGCUGUUCUCAGUGGUUGAAGACUCCCAGCCUCAUUCCUCUGCUCUGACCCAAGCUACAGCUCUCUAUCUCAAUGCCCAGCAGGUAUUUCGAUUUCUUCACACCUACUCAGCUGCUGCACAGGACCUCCAAGUUAAGGAGUUUCAUCGGCUGAAUAACCUCUUCUCCAAGGCCUCUGCUGACUACCUACGGCUUCUGCAGAGCCCCCAGGGGGCCGAGGCAGCACUACAGACUGUGAUUACUGAGCUGCAGGAGUUCCUGCGGGGAGUUCGGGCCUUGUGCAUUGAGUCUUGGGCUCGGUUUUCUCUGGUCCGCAUGGCAGGGGGUGCUGCUCUUUUGGCUGCUGCCUGCUUUCUGUGCCUGCUGAUAGCCCAGUGGGCAACAUCCCCUGACUUUCACCUCCCCCCUCUCCUAAUACCUGUGACCUGGGGCCUGGCUGGGGUUGUAGUGUGUGCUGGCCUUCUGGCAACUACUGAGCUGAAGCUGGAUCCAGUGGUUCUAGGGGCUGUGGCUGCAAUGGGUUCAGUUCUGCAUAUUCUGUGGAAAGCCUGGGCUGGCUGGGGGUCCAAGAGGCCUCUUGCAGCCUUGCUUCCCAUCCCCAGGCCUGUUCUAUUACUUCUGCUCCUUCGCUUUGCUGCUUUCUUCUCUGACAGCUUUGUUGUAGCCGAGGCCAGGGCCAUCCGCUUCCUUUUGGGCUCACUUAUCUUGCUCCUGGUUGCCCAGCUUCACUGGGAGGGCAAGCUGCUGCCACCUAAGCUACUCACAAUACCCCGCAUUGGCUUUCCGGCCCCAGCAGGCCCCUCCGGGCACAAGGGAACGCAUGCCCUGGGGCUUGGAGUUGGGUUGCUUUUGUGUAUAAGGCUAGCUGGGCUUUUUCAUCGCUGCCCUGAAGAGACACCUGCUUGCCACUCCUCUCCCUGGCUGAGUCCCCUGGCGUCCAUGGUGGGUGGUCGAGCCAAGAAUUUGUGGUACGGAGCUUGUGUGGGGGCACUGGUGGCCCUGUCAGCUGCUGUGCGCCUGUGGCUUCGCCGCUACGGUAAUCUCAAGAGCCCUGAGCCCCCUGUGCUCUUUGUGCGCUGGGGGCUGCCCCUCAUGGUACUGGGCACUGCUGCCUACUGGGCAUUGGCGUCGGGAGCAGAUGAAGCACCCCCACGUCUCCGAGCCCUGGUUGCUGGUGCAUCCGUUGUGCUGCCUAGGGCUGUUGCCGGGUUGGCUGCUUCAGGGCUCUUGCUGUUGCUCUGGAGGCCUGUGACGGCGCUGGCAAAGGCUACGAUGGGUGCUCCAAGGACCAGGACUGUCCUCACGCCCUUCUCAGGCCCCCCCACUUCUCAGGCUGACCUGAAUUAUGUGGUUCCUCAACUCUACCGACAUAUGCAGGAGGAGAUCCGGGGCCGGCUGGAGAGAACCAAAUCCCAGGGUCCCCUGACUGUGGCUGCCUACCAGUUGGGGAGUGUCUACUCAGCUGCUAUGGUCACGGCCCUCACCCUCUUGGCCUUCCCACUUCUGCUGUUGCAUGCAGAGCGCAUUAGCCUUGUGUUCCUGCUUCUGUUUCUGCAGAGCUUCCUUCUCCUGCAUCUGCUUGCUGCUGGGAUACCCAUCACUACCCCUGGUCCUUUUAUUGUGCCAUGGCAGGCAGUCUCUGCUUGGGCCUUCAUGGCCACACAGACCUUCUAUUCCACGGGUCACCAGCCUGUCUUUCCAACCAUCCAUUGGCACGCAGCCUUCGUGGGAUUCCCAGAGGGUCAUGGCUCCUCUACCUGGCUGCCGGCUUUGCUGGUGGGAGCCAACACCUUUGCCUCCCACCUCCUCUUUGCAGUAGGUUGCCCAUUGCUCCUGCUCUGGCCCUUCCUGUGUGAGAGCCAAGGGUCCCAGAAGAGGCGGCAGCCCCACGGGAAUGAAGCUGAGGCCAGAGUUGGGCCUGAGGAGGAGGAGGUGGAGCCACUGAUGGAGAUGCGGCUCCGGGAUGCACCUCACCACUUCAAUGUAGCACUGCUGCAGCUGGGCCUCAAGUACCUCUUUGUCCUUGGUAUUCAGAUUCUGGCCUGUGCUUUGGCAGCCUCCAUCCUCCGCAGGCAUCUCAUGGUCUGGAAGGUGUUCGCCCCCAAGUUCAUUUUUGAGGCCAUGGGCUUCAUUGUGAGCAGCGUGGGACUUUUCCUGGGCCUAGCUUUGGUGAUGCGAGUGGAUGGUGCUGUGAGCUCCUGGUUCCAACAGCUAGUUCUGGCCCAGCAGAGGUAGCUUAGGCUGUGGAUGUUGACUCCUGGCUAUGGGGAGAACUGGAGAACAAUCUAGUCUGGCCUGUAAGGGUGCUGGAUCAUCUGCAAGAGAGACUCAGCCACACCUCUUACCACCAUGCAGCCAGGAGCUACUGGCAUAUGGGACUUUAUUAUUUUAUAAUUAAAAAGCAUAGUGGGGCUUGA